AUGCCGGACAUGGUGCCUGUAGGGAACCGCUGGUCGCGGCACAGGCGUGCUGAAGGAGGCCACGAAGCCGAAGCCAGUGGCGAGACUGCCGUGCAGGCCGUGCAUCAGGCUUCAGAGGGGAUGGAGACAGCGAAUCAAGGCGCGCGAGGCGGACGCAGCGGCUGGAGAGGUGCCCAGGGUGGCCAAGCACCGCAAGCGCCGCAAGCAUGGCAACCUGCGCGCAAGUCGCCCGAGACGUGGGAGGUGCCUCGCGAGGAGGUUCGAAACAGCGAUGCAACGUUACAGCUGAGAUCUGGGAUUCGGAUGCCUCGUUUUGGCCUAGGCACCUGGCAAUCACAGCGUGGUGGGGAAUGCAAAAGAGCGGUAGCCGAAGCAUUGAGGGCCGGCUACCGGCUCAUUGACACAGCCCAGGCCUAUGGUAAUGAGGUCGACGUGGGUCAGGCUUUACGAGAGGCACAGCUCAAGAGGAACGACGUCUUCAUCGUGACGAAGCUUAGCAGCCGAGAGCAUGGCGCCAGCCACGCAGCUGCCGCUUUGAAAACUUCUCUGUCACGGCUGCAGCUGGACUACGUUGAUCUUUUUCUGAUUCAUAGCCCUCGGGGUGGCUUUUUGCUAGAGACUUGGGAUUCCCUGAUCGACUUGCGCAACGCUGGCCUGACACGUGCUGUCGGCGUGUCCAACUUCGGAGCCCAGCAGCUGAUGUCGCUUCAGCAGGCAGGCAGGGAACUUCCGGAGGUCAACCAGAUCGAGCUGCACUGUUUCUGGCAACAGCGGGAGACGGAAAGCCUUUGCAACGAGUUAGGCAUCGCGUUGAUGGCUUACUCGCCGCUGGCCCGUGGCAGCCUCUUCGGUGCUACGCCUUUGGCCGAGCUCGCGCAAGAGAAGGCCUGCUCCGAAGCCGCGCUCUGCAUCCGCUGGGCCUUCCAGAAGGGUUUCAUCGUCAUCCCCAAGUCCGUGAAGCCACAGCGCAUCCUGGGCAACAUUGCAGCACUCCGUGGGCCAGGGCUUACACCACGUGAGAUGCAGGCCAUGGAGCAGUUGGACCAAGGUUUCUGUGCUUGCCCCGCCGCCAGGGCCAUGCAGACACCCUGGGAAGAGGUAGCCAGCAAGGCACCUGUGCGUAAGGGGAAAGGCGCGAAAGAGGGGAAAGGCGGGAAAGGCGGGAAAGGCAAGGGCAAGGCUCAGGGCAGGGGCCUUGGCUCGGCUGAAUCCGAAACGCCCCUGGGCUUCGCCUCUUGGGCUGAGACUUUCAGCUGA